UCAAGUAAAUUAAGUACAUUCUGCUGUGAAAAAGUUGAAUAUAACGUCAGCUAACGGUUGCAGAUUGAAGUUAGUUCCAGUUCUUCUCACGUGCUAAAGUGACGUGCUGCCUCUAAUGUUGUGCUGGUUUUGUGCUUUAAAUUCUUACACGCCAUGAUAGUGUUCUAAUUGUACUUUGAACACAUGUCGUGUUUUGGUGGCGACCCUAACUUCUGCCCAGAAUGUGGGAAUGUUCUUCCUCUCCCAGGAGUAGGCCUACAGGACACAGUCCGCUGCCCCCGCUGCUCCUUCUGCAUCCCUGUAGCAGAGUUCUCGGGCCAGGAGAUCUGCUCGACGGUUGUGUUCAACCCCGCGGAGCAGUCGUCGGUGGCUCUGGAGGACGAGGACACCGCCGAGCUGAAGGGUGCUGUGAUUGACCGGCGCUGCUCUCGAUGCAAUAAAGAAGGGAUGAUUUACCACACCCGUCAGAUGAGAUCGGCAGAUGAAGGACAGACUGUCUUCUUCACCUGUAUACACUGCAGGUAUCAAGAGAAGGAGGACUCCUGAGAACAAGUCCAGCUCACCUCCUCCAUUCCUCUCCAUGCUUGUGCUCUCAUGUUGCUGUCUGAUAGUUGGAUGCUUUCCCAACACAUGGGUUGUAAAUAUAACAGUGGGCCCUUCACUGGUGGUUUAUCUUACUGUUCUGGAAUUAUUAGCAUUCACACUUUGAAUAAAGUUUGACAAAUGAAUCUUAA